AUGUUUGUCCACUCCUACAAACAUGCUCAAUCUUCACGCCCGAACACCAUAUCCGGCAUUGAAUAUCUACUUUCGCAGCUACUACAACACCCUAACAAGCACCAUUACCACCACUGCUACAAAAUCACAUCCCCUGCGAAAGAAGCAAUACAACAAGACGACCUACACUCAAGACAAAAUCAGCACAACAACCGCACGUCCCCACGAGAUGUCAACAGCCAUAUCCGGUCCCCACACAGCAAGUCUCCAUACAACAUACCACGCUCAAACCAUACUGACAAAUCCAAGCCUCCCCUCCCCUCGCCCCCCUGCCCUUCUCAGCGCAGUCUGACGGGUAGCGAAACCCCACCUCCUUCCCCACCCCCACCCUCACCGAGCCGUUACGCGCUCUCGGACAUUCAUCUUUGUUCGCCACCGUCCGAGACUCCUUCUCGCUCGCUUACCCCCGAGGUUCCUAUUCCGGAUCCGUACAUAAACGGUAUCCUGGGUGCGGCACGGGACCCUAAGCCGCCUCGUCCUCCUCCUGCGCCGCCGUCUUCGCCGAGUCGGUACGGUCUUUCAGUGUACCAGGCUGGUCAGUAUGUGAUUGGAAUCCCUGAUGCGGCACGGGACCCUAAACCUGAUCGUCCUCCUCCUCCGCCUGCGCCUCCGUCUUCGCCUAGUCGGUAUGGUGUUGCUUGUGCUUGAGAGGAGUGGUAAAUGUGACUGGAUGGGUGAGAUAGAGGGCAGAGAAAUGAUUGAAGAUGGCUGAGAUGAUAGGAAAUGGGAGUGAGCAAGAUGAUGGUUUUGACAACUAUGAGAUACCCUGGUGGAUUUGAUAGCUCUAAACAAAAGGUGUCGAAAACUGUGGAGUCUACACUUUUCUACGUGAUGAAUGACUUGACUGGGUGUAUUAUUUGCAAGACCACCUCUUCGUGUG